AUGGAGGAUCAGGAUUCCAAUCCGGCCAAAGAAGUCGCCCGCGACGUCUUCCCUUUCCUCCGAGUCUACAAAGACGGAACCAUCCAGCGACUCGUCGCCACCGAGUCACUCCCGCCGGGUCUCGACUCGGAAACCAACGUCGUCUCCAAGGACGUCGUCAUCUUCCCCGAAACCGGCGUCUCCGCCAGGCUCUACCUCCCCAACUCCGCCGUCGCUGCAGCCGACGACGAACCAAUCAGCAGGAAGAAGCUCCCCCUUGUUGUCUACUACCACGGCGGCGGAUUCUUCGCCGCCUCCACCGCCUCCAGAGAGUACCACUCUGCUCUCAACCGCAUCGUCGCCGCAUCGAACGUCAUCCUUGCCUCCAUCGAUUACCGCCUCGCGCCGGAGAAUCCGAUUCCGGUUCCCUACGACGAUGCGUUCGCCGCGAUUGAGUGGAUGGCUGGCGCCGGAGGCCGCAGCGAGCCCUGGCUCAGAGAUCACGCGGAUUUGGACAGAGUGUACUUGGCAGGGGACAGCUGCGGGGCGAACAUGUCGCACCAUUUCGCACUGAGGUUGAACGGGCCGGGUCCGACGUUGAAAAUCCGAGGAGUGGCGAUGAUCCACCCGUAUUUCUGGGGGAAGGACCCGAUCGGCGCGGAAGUCGACGACGGGUUCAGGAAGGCGAUGGUGGAUAACUGGUGGCUUUUCGUUUGUCCGUCGGAGAAAGGGUGCGACGACCCGCUGAUCAACCCGUUCGUUGAGGAGGAAGCCGGGUCGGGUCUUCAGAAGUUGGGUUGCGAGCGGGUUAUCGUGGUGGUGGCGGGGGACGAUAUUUUGAAGGAUCGGGGGAGGCUCUACUACGAGAAAUUGGUGGGGUCCGGGUGGAAAGGGAAAGCCGAGUAUUUGGAGACAGAAGGAAAGGAUCACGUGUUCCAUAUUAUCGAGCCUGAUUGUGAGGAGGCCAAGAUCGUUUUCAAGCGCCUGGGUGCAUUUUUUAAUGACGACUCUUGA